AUGGACAGGAGUCUCAGACAUGUCCUCUGUACUGACAGGAGUCUCAGACAUGUCCUCUGUAAGGACAGGAGUCUCAGACAUGUCUUCUGUACGGACAGGAGUCUCAGACAUGUCCUGCCCUGUCCAAGUCCCUCACACCUGCUGUGUCCCUCAGACCUGCUGUGUCCCUCAGACCUGCUGUGUCCCUCAGACCUGCUGUGUCCCUCAGACCUGCUCUGUCCCUCAGACCUGGUGUGUCCCUCAGACCUGCUGAGUCCCUCAGACCUGCUGUGUCCCUCAGACCUGCCCUGUCCAAGUCCCUCAGACCUGCUAUGUUCCUCAGACCUGCUGAGUCAAUCAGACCUGCUGUGUCCCUCAGACCUGCUCUGUCCCUCAGACCUGCUGUGUCCCUCAGACCUGCUGUGUCCCUCUGACCUGCUGUGUCCCUCAGACCUGCUCUGUCCCUCAGACCUGCUGUGUCCCUCAGACCUGCUGAGUCAAUCAGACCCGCUGUGUCCCUCAGACCUGCUGUGUCCCUCAGACCUGCUGAGUCCCUCAGACCUGCCCUGUCCAAGUCCCUCAGACCUGCUGUGUCCCUCAGACCUGCUGAGUCCCUCAGACCUGCCCUGUCCAAGUCCCUCAGACCUGCUGUGUCCCUCAGACCUGCUGAGUCCCUCAGACCUGCUGAGUCCCUCGGACCUGCCCUGUCCAAGUCACUUGGAGCCAGAAAGCAUAUUUUCUGGUUUAUUGUUUGGUUGGGAAUGA